CUUCUUUUGUUUUAGUCUCUUACUCAUUUUUCUUUGAUGAUCAGCUGGGAACUGCAAUUCAGAAAAUGUCAAUACACGUGCUUCUCUUGAAGGAAAUUGUUGCCCCAAAUUGAGUUUUGGAUCUUUAGUUUUGCGGGUUUCCAUGUUUCAGUUCUUGAGUAUGAUUUCAAAUUUGAAAGAAAAAAGUUCACUGUUAAGGAUUCUUAGGUGUUUUUGUUAAGGCCCAACUGAAUUAUUGCUUGUAAUGUGAGUUGUGAAAUGAAUCAUCAGAAGCAAAUGUUGAAAAGAUAAAUAGAUAUUAGUUAUAACUGCUUGUAGUAAUUUUUGUUCUUCUCACAUGGUUAGCAUGUCAGAAAAAUUGGAAAUUACAGGCAGAACAGCUUGGAAGGAUUGGAUUUUGAAAUUAUGACAAUCUUUUCAAAUACAAUGCUUUACAGAUUGGAAAAAAAGAAGAGUUUUCCAUAGUUUUACAUAUUAUAUGCAAUAUGCUAAAUUGGUAAUAGUCAGCGUAGUUCACUGGAAUUUGAAAUAUUUGUCAUGAAGGAGUCAAGGACUCAGCUUAUUGACCAUCCUAAGGCUUGUAAAUGGAUUCAAAAGCACCUUCAACUCUGAGUGCUUCAUAUUAUGAACACGAAGACAAGUAUCACGACGAGCUUCACCGUUCGAUAUCCCAAAGGAAUCUACUUAGGAGUGAAGAUUCGAAGGUUGGCUCAGCAAACGUUCCCUCUCCUUCUGCUAAGUUUCAGAACAUGGUAGAGAGAAUGGAUGAGAUUUCAUGGUCUGUUCCCUCUUCUAGAGGGAUUCUUGAACAGAAAAUCAAGCUGAGAUCUUCCAUAACAUUUUGUAAAGAAUGGAUCAAAGACCCUUUGAAUGUUGCCUUGCUUUUGUGGAUGAUAUGUGUAGCGAUUUCAGGAGCGGUCCUCUUUCUUGUAAUGACUGGAAUGUUAAACAAUCUCCUGCCAAGUAAAUCAAGGAGGGACGUUUGGUUUGAGGUUAAUAACCAAUUCCUGACUGCUCUCUUCACUCUCAUGUGUUUGUAUCACCAUCCUAAGCGGAUUCACCAUGUGAUACUUCUGUGUAGGUGGAAACCGGGUGACAUCCUCACGCUGCAAAAAGUUUACUGCAAAAAUGGAACUUACAAGCCAAAUGAAUGGAAACACAUGAUGGUGUUACUUCUAUUGCUUCACAUAAAUUGCUUUGCACAAUAUGCUUUAUCUAGCCUUAAUUUGAGAUACAAGAAACCUGAAAGGUCAGUUUUUGGAGUUUCAAUCUGCCUUGCUGUUGCAAUCUUGGCUGCUGCAGGUGCUGGUUUAUACUCCAUUUUCAGCCCACUUGGAAAGGAAUACAGCCCCGGCGAAGAUGAGAAAAAUCCAAAUCAAAUCAAAGAGAGCAUCUCAUUUGCAUCAAGAAUUGCUGACAAGCCUCAAUGGAGAGGGGAGCUGUUUCAUUUCCUUGAUGACAUUAAGACAGCCUGUCUUUCCCUCUUCUGCAGCUUCUGUUUAUUUGGAUGGAACAUGGAAAGGCUAGGAUUCGGGAACACGUACGUGCACAUCACGACCUUCGUAAUCUUUUGCUCUGCCCCACUUUGUUUGUUUGGUUUGGCAGCUAAUACUGUGGAUCCUUGGUCUGUCAAAGUAGCUUUCUGUUUAAUUGGCAUUCUUCUUUCUGUAUUUGGGCUGCUCUAUGGAGGAUACUGGAGGAUUCAAAUGAGGAAACGGUUCGACUUGCCGAAAAACAACUCAUUUUGGGGGAAGCCAAAUGUUGCAGACUGUGCACAGUGGCUUUUUUGCUGCUGCUGCUCUCUUGCUCAGGAGGUUAGGACAGCUGAUUACUAUGAAACAAUGAAGGACAAUCUAUGCAAAAACAGAACGAGCCAUGCCGAUAAGAAUGAAGACCUUUCACCUUUACCUCGUGAAGGUAGAACAGUUCAUGGGCUUAGAUCAAACCUGGCUUCACCAAUCUGGGAUAGUGUUAAGUUAACUGAGACGAUGGCCAAAAAAGAUCUGAAUUCAAACAGGUUGUUAGAUGAAACUGAUGAAGUAGAGCAGCUUAUGAAUCCCCCUACUAUAGCAUCAAUGCAAAGAAAUGGUUUUGAGCUGAAAAUGACCAAAAAUCUUGCUGGAGAAAGGCCAUUGAGUCUCUGAGGAAUUUGAUUAUAUAUUAAUUCUAUUCUGUUUUCUUUUGUUUUUGCAAUUAGCCAUGUUUGAACUGAACUGAUAUAUAGUUUUUAUGUGUAUUAUUAUGUAAAUCCAUAGCGUAAUAUAUGUUGGUUUUGUGCUUGUUUAUACGUACAAA